CCGGGCACGCGUAGUCGCGAUUCGCGUCCCCACAGCUCUCGUCUUUGGCUUCGCCAGUGUACGCGGGGAGUUCUGGAUUUAAAGGGGCCGCAGCGCCCAAAAGGGCGUUGGGAUGUCCCGUCGACCGAAGGAUGAGUAUCAGCGGCAUUACACCGUCACCGACCCUCGAAGCCACCCCAAAGGCUACACCGAGUACAAAGUGACCGCCAAGUUUGUCUCAAGAGUAAAUCCAGAAGAUGUCAAAGAGAUCAUUGUCUGGAAACGAUACAGCGACUUUAAGAAGCUGCACGGAGACCUGGCUUACACCCACCGUAACCUCUUUCGACGCAUGGAGGACUUUCCUCCUUUUCCCAAAGCCCAAAUCUUUGGCCGAUUUGAGCCCACGGUGAUAGAAGAGCGGAGGAAGGCAGCAGAAGUCAUGCUGCACUUCACAGUACACAUCCCUGCUUUGAACAACAGCCCUCAGCUCAAGGAGUUCUUUCGGGGUGGGGAGGGGAGGAGACCUUUGGAAAACUGUGAUCAGCCUUCUCUGCCUCCCCCUCUGAUCCCCGUGCCAUCAGAAGGAGUGGAGCCUGGUGAGGAUGCGUUGGCGUCGGAUGCGGACCAUGGACUCCUGGACGUGGAGUCCGAGCAGGAUCACUGCAACGCUGCAGAGACUGCAAGGAAAGACUGUGAUCUGGAGCCCCAGAUAAAGGAAAGAGGGGACCACUCUUCACCCCGAAACUGUGAAGACGAAGCCCUGGAUGCUCUCUUUGCUUGUGUUGGUGGAGAGGAGGAGGAGGAGGAAGCGAAGGAAAUGGACUCACCUUCCCGCUGCCCCUUAUCUGUCCAGGAGCUGGCUCUGUUUGACCCCUUCGCUGAGGAAGCCUCUGGCGCCACCAGCUGCUCCCCUGCUCAUGCUUCCUUGGAAGAUGGACCAGCACCUUCUCCCCCUAGUGCGGGAAUUCUGCAAGCAGCACAGGACGGUGCAGCCGUGGCAGAUCCCGGUGCAUACCUGCCUCAGGCCACCGAGCGCAUCCGACGCGCCUUGGAGAGCGAAGCAGCGGAAGAUUAUGAGGGGGCUUUCCAUGGCUACCGCAGUGGUGUGGACUUGCUGCUCCAGGGUCUGCAAGGAGAUCCAGAUGUGGCCCGUAGGGAGGCUGUAAAAAAGAAGACAGCAGAAUACCUGCGGAGGGCUGAGGAAAUCUUUCAGCAGCACCUGAGGCAUCUACACCUUUGAGGUGGUUUCCUGGGCACUCUCAGUGGGCACAUGUCAGCGUGGCAUCUCCUGCAGCGUGGCACUCUCCUGCUGUUGUUUUGAGAAGAGACCAACCUGCUCCUUCAGCAGCCACUGCCCUUAUCCUGGCAUGAAUGGGCCAGAGAAGAAUUGACUGCUCAACUUCAGUUUCUCUUUCUCUACUUUGGCUGGGUGGAGGAUUUAAUCGGCACUCUUCAAAGACAUGUUUGUAAACCUUUCAAGUGCCCUGUUUUAAUUUAUCCCCAAUGCACCUGCUUUUGCCUCGGAUGUUCACUCGGCACAGUGGGAUGGAGGGAGGAGAGGAGUAGCCCAACUCACUUAGGUGGGAGAUGCUACCAGCAUUGUAGCUCCCAGACCCUAAAACUGGGAUAGCCGCAGAGGCAUUUCUUUGUUUCGGCCUCUUCCUGCCCUCUGCUUAAAGCUCAAAACUGAGCUGCUUUUAGGCAAGAGUGGGGCAUUGGAUUCAGGUUUGUAUCAGAGGGGAGUGGAACCCAGAUGCCUCCUGCACUUCUCUUCCUGAGCAGGGGUAGUAGAAGCAUCGGGGUUAGAAAGAGUGCCUUCUGUGGGGCAUGUUGUUCAUCUGUCUACUGCACAAGAGGAGCAGAUGUAUCACAACCAUUGUGUGUUAUAUCUGGCUGAUUCCGCACACAUUGGAUAAUGCACUUUCAAUGCACUUUAUCAAUCGUUUGAGGUGGAUUUUUUGUCCCACACACGAAAAAAUCCGUUCCAAAUGAUCUAUAAAGAGGAUUGGAAGUGCAUUAUCCAACGUGUGCGGAAUCACUUUCUGUGAACGCCUUCAUCAGCACAGGAAUCUUUACAUGCUCCAUUUUGCUUCCCUUUUCCCAGUGCUGUCAAUGAUGACUAGGAGGGUGCAAUGAGGACAGAUGGCUAACUCAGAAAUCAGUUCAACUAAGCUUAACAGCAGUUACUCCCCUGCAUAUUGUGCUCAGGAGAAUGUAUCUCACAAAAAGCUGCUUGUUCACAAAUAUUCAGCUUAAGGACAUGUGAGCUGUAACAAAGGAUUGGGGCAGCUUUGGAAGAAAGGUCAGGACGCCUCUUUAUUUUCCUGAGCUCCCAACACCAAAACUCGCUUCUAACUAGCUCCCACUUGCAACUCCUCCAGAAAAGCUGAAUUGCAUUCCAUCAAAGCUGGAUGGAAUCAAAGUGCUCUUUGUCUGGGGGGAACAAUCAUAUGACAAGCUGGCCAUGCGGCGGAUCUAA